UAUUUACAUGUGCUGAAUGGUAGUGUAGGGUCGCAUCAUUUUUUGGAAUCAGAGAUCAACUUUAUGAGUUGUGUCAGCGUAAACGAGUUUUGAAAGUUGUGCUGUGUUUUAUAUAGCCAAGUAUUUCUUAAGGUCAUGUCUUCCCCAAAGAAAAGCACAGAUGGUAAAAUGGAAGUAAAAUGUUGGGGUGAGGGUUGGGGUUUGCCUUCUUUAGACCCUGAUUGCUUAUCAGUGAUAGCUUAUGCCAAUCUUGCAAAGGCACCAAUUGAGGUUGUGCCAGCACUUCCAAAAGAUACAAUUACUGGGUCCCUUCCGGAGCUUCAGAUUGAUGAGUUUAUUUAUCCUCGAGCGUUUACUAUUAUUGGAAUUUUUAGGCGUGAAGGCUACAAUGCUGAUUACAGUUUAUCACAAAGUGAAAAUGCCGACACACUCGCGUUUCUUUCAUACAUUGAACAGAAACUGAAACCUGCUAUUCUAUAUUCACUAUGGAUCGAUGUGAGAAACUUUAACAAAGUAACACGACCUGCUUAUGGAAAAGCUUGUGGUUUCCCGUGGAGUCUAUGGUACCCUUCAAGGCUUGUGAAGUCAUAUACAAACCAGCUUUGGCUUUCAAAAGGUGGUGAGAGCUUCACAUGUAUUAAGGAAGUAGAAAAAGUGAUUUACAAAGAUGCUCAUGACUGCUUGAAUGUCUUGGAAAGCAGAAUGAGUAGCACAGAUUAUUUUUUUGGUGAUUUUCCAACCACAAUUGAUGCAGUACUAUAUGGACAUCUAGCUGUGUUAUUGCAUGCCCCUCUGGUAUCUACUGAACUGCAGAAUCACUUGAAUUCCUGUGACAAACUUCGUGCUUUUUGCGCACGAAUGUCGCUAUUUUGUCCGUCAUCGUCCAGCCUACCUACACAGGUCAAAUCAAACAGUGAAGAUCAAAUAAUUAACAGAGAUAAGAUAAUAUCGAUUGCUGUAGCGGUUACAGCUAUGCUUGUUUAUGCUCUUACCAGCGGUGUGCUUACAGCUCGGAGAAGUAAACUCGCUACAAAACUUAAACAACUGAAUGAGUUUGAUGAAUUCGAACAAAUGGAUUGAUCGUGUACCUAUAUAUCAACUCAAUAAUUGCUUUGUAAAAGCUCUGACUUAAAAGUUUCAUUAAAAAUAACUAUGUUCAAAUUUCA